AUGGAUGAUAUACCACCGCUAUUCCUUCCAAUUGAUAUUAGUGAAGACGAUGAUUCUUCCUCGAGCGAUAGUAGUUUAAUUUUUUUCCAAAAUCUUAUUAACAAAGCCGCUCAACUGGAAGACACGAGAAAAAGGAAAACUGUCCAUCGAGAUCGAGUGAAAUGUCACGAAAACCUUAUGAGAGAUUAUUUUGUCGAGGAGCCCGUAUUCAACGAAGAGGUUUUUCGUCAAAGGUUUCGUAUGUCCAAAAGGUUGUUUUUAAAAGUUUUGAGUGACGUGCAAGCGAAUAACUCGUGGUUUCAAGACGCCGCAGAUGCUAGUGGUAGGAAGAGUUUUACAUCGAUUCAAAAAGUUACUUCGGCGAUUAAGCAACUAGCAACCGGUAACGCUCCAGACGAGUUCAACGAACCUACUAGCCACGACGUUGCGCUCUUGUACCAAGCUCAUGAGGAGAAACGUCACCUUCCUGGGAUGUUGGGUAGUCUUGAUUGUUCACAAAACGACAUCAACGUGCUCCAACAAUCUCCGUUAUUUCUUACUGAGCGAAAUGGAACUGCACCAAAAUGCCCAUUUUACGUGAACAACCACUUGUACAAGCGUGGAUACUAUCUUACCGAUGGAAUCUACCCUACUUGGUCCGUGUUUGUGAAAUCAUUUUCGUAUCCUCACAUUGUGAAAGAAAAGAAGUUCAAGAGGAUGGUCGUAUAUGCAUGCAUUAUUAUGCAUAAUAUGAUUCUAAAAGACGACGGAAACGCGAUUACACCGGUACAUAUUCGGGAUCCUCCAGUCGAGCCCGUUUUCAAAGACACUACUUAUAACGAGCUCAUUGAUGAAGAUACGCAUUAUAGACUAAAAUAUGAUCUUGUGGAGCAUCUUGGAGAACAAGAUUUACCCCACCUUUUAGCGGAUUCCGACGACGAAUAG